CCCUCGGAGGACGUCAUCCAUGGAGUCCAGCCUGUCCAUGCUGUCCUCCCUCAAAGACGACGGCCCCCCGCCCCUCGUCCAGCCGCACUACAGGGAGGAAUACCGCCUGGCCAUCUACGCUCUGCUCUGCGGGGGCAAGGAGGCCUACAGGGAGUACCUCCGGGCCGAGCAGGUCCACAGCUUCCUCUCAGAGGAGGAGAUCCGCUUCAUUUCAGACAACGCCAGGUCACUGGUUCUGGACGAUUCUGACUGGGAACGGGGCCCGGAGGGCGUCUGCUCCUCAACCUACUUCCCAACGCUGUCGGACGAGGAGGUGCCGGACCUGCAGCUGGGGUGGCCAGAUGUCCGUCAGCAGGAGAAGGACACCAGCAUCAGCCUGCUGUACCACCCGCCGCGGCGGAACACGCCCACCAUCAAGGAGGUGGUGCGGAGUCAGAUCCAGGAGGCCCGUGAGGUCGUCGCCAUCGCCAUGGACGUCUUCACCGACGUGGACAUCUUCAGGGACGUCCUGCACGCGGCGCUGCGGGGCGUGGCCGUCUACAUCCUCCUGGACGACCUGCAGGUCAGCGGCUUCCUCCAGAUGUCCUGCAACGUGGGCAUCAACAUCCUCGACAUCAAGAACGUGUGCGUCCGGACCGUCCGGGGUCUGCCGUACCAGUGCCAGUCCGGGAUGAGGUUCCACGGAGGUUUGGAGCAGAAGUUCAUGCUGGUGGACGGCAGGACGGUUCUGUACGGAACCUACAGCUACUCGUGGUCGUUUGAGAAGAUCAACCUCAGCAUGGUCCUGGUGAUCAGCGGUCUGCUGGUCUCCUCUUUUGAUGAAGAGUUCAGAAGACUGUACGCCCGCUCCGUCGUCCCCGCGGCCUUGACCCCGGAGGCGUUUCCUGUCCCACACCGGAGACGAGCGGGAAUGCAGACGUCCAGCCUGCUGUCCCUGAACAGGAUGCCCUCCCGGGGGCUGGUGAGGGGUCCUCAGAACGGGGGCUUCCAUGACGCCGCCGCGCUGAACAGAGGCCUGAGCGUGCAGGAGAAGCUGCACCAGUCCCACUAUCCCGACGCUGACGGCCUGCUGAGAGGACACAGCUAUGGGGGGGAGCUUCAGAAGAUGAACUCCAUGACCAGACUGAGGAUGGGGACCAAAGACCUGGGAGUUCCUCCUGACAGGCCGUCCCUGCAGCCCCGCCGGCACCAAGCACGCCACGGCGCGCACCCGAACCUGAUGCCGUUCAACUCCGAGUCGUCUCUCCACAGACCGUAUAGGGAGGACGGGCCUUCGGAGGGCCGUCACGGUGCAGCGUCUCCAGUGGCGACCCCACACGGGGGCCUGAAUGAGUUCCAGUCCCAGUGGGUUCACCAAAGGUCCAGGGAGAUCUUGUCCACCAUGGAGGGGGUCAGACAGAAGAGGCGCAGUCUGCAGGAGAACUUCAGGCAGAGUCAGGAGUCUUUGAGGUCCGUACGCUCCGCCAUGUCCUCCUCCAAGGGUCCGGAUCUGAGAAACAGCGUCACAACUUUAGAGCCGGACCCCCAAACGGCUGAGCCAAGGACGGGUGCAGACGGACGCCGCUCCUCCUCCCACCACGAUCUGAAGACGGCCACUGAUCCACAGCUCCACAGCUGGAACCGUCCAGCUUCCUCCAAAGCAGACGCUGAGCUGCGGCCCCCCUACGCCGGUCUGAGCGUCCAACACCCCCGAGGAAAGAAGUCUCUGUUCGAGAUCCCCGAAGAAAAAGAGGGACCGAGCAGCCACCCCAACGGUCAGGACCGAGAGAAAAACCAGGAGCUAGAAGGAGCAGAGGAGAGCCUCCCUGCAGACCCAGACCGGGACCGAGCCGGGCCAGAGUCCAUUCAAAGUAUGGACCACAGCGCAGAACCAGCAGAUCCAGGAGAAGGAAGGAAAUCUCCAAAGAGCACGAGUCUCAUGGAUGAAGGUCAGACAGAGGAAGAGCGGGAGGGCCGAGAUGUUCAGAGGAAGACUUUUGCCAGAACCAAAGCCCAUUUAGAGCUUGAGGACAAUGAACUGAGCUCCAGGACUGAGAGUCUGAACCCGGGUUUAGGGGCAGACGGCCUCUUCUCACCCACAGCAGGUCAAACCCCUAAGAAGGAACAUUCUCCAGGACUCUCCAGGUCUCAGCCCUCCCUCAGUUUACCAUCCAAACCUGAGAAACCCAGAUCUCCGCUGUCCAAACUCUCACCUCAGCGUUCCAGCAAAAGGAAGACCCACCUGGCAGCAGAACCCCCCCAAGACUGGAGGAGCUCCCCGAACGCAGAAGGAGCCCCCGCCUCUCAGAGCAAACGAGAGCGGGGUCUCGGCCCCCACCAGGAUCUGCUCGGCAGCAGAACUUCCCGUUCGGGCAAACCCUCCAGGAGGGCGGAGAAAAGCAAGAGCUCGUCCUUGAGCAGACCGGACGCCGGUCUGACGGCCAAUCAGAUGCAAGGCGACAACAAGCUGGGGAGGUUCAUGCAGCGGGUGGGACAUCUGAUCCACAAGCACAAGUGAAGAAGCUGCAGCGGCUUCGCUCUGGCCUCAGAAUCUUUACGUACUACCAGGAAAAUGUGAAAGAAAGCAGCUCGACUCCCCUAUUUUCACACAAACAUUAUCUCUCUAUCAACACGUUUACGGCCGAGGAAUCCUACAAAAGGGGAGCAAAUACGUUAGGACGACGUUUUCUGAACGUCUUUCAGACGUUCCUGCAGACGUCCCGCCUCCUGCAGGCGCCCCGCCUCCUGCGGGCGUCCCGCCUCCUGCGGGCGUCCCGCCUCCUGCGGGCGUCCCGCCUCCUGCGGGCGUCCCGCCUCCUGCGGACGUCCCGCCUCCUGCAGGCGUCCCGCCUCCUGCGGACGUCCCGCCUCCUGCGGGCGUCCCGCCUCCUGCGGGCGUCCCGCCUCCUGCGGGCGUCCCGCCUCCUGCGGGCGUCCCGCCUCCUGCGGACGUCCCGCCUCCUGCGGACGUCCCGCCUCCUGCGGACGUCCCGCCUCCUGCGGACAUCCCGCCUCCUGCGGACGUCCCGCCUCCUCAUUCUGAUGUUGCCGUUUUUAGCCAAACUCUUAAAAUCUGAGUCGUUUUCUAGGACAUAGUUUCUGUAGGGCGGCAGGAGUUCAUCAGAAAUUCACUUCUGAGUUGUGGGCGGGACCAUUGGCACCCACAACUGAGAGCUCUCUGUUUUGCCCACUAGCUUACAGCAGUAUCUGAUCUGUCCUGCCGUCCGGUUCUGAUCCAGGUUCCAAAUCAGACCAGGAAAACAAAGACGUUCAUGGAUCCAUUUGUCUGCAUCGGAAAGGGGCGGAGCACUGAGCUUGGGGCCCCGCCCAGUAUGUUUUCUACGUCACUAACGACAUUUUUUCAUCUACUCCAGAUUCACAAUGUGAAUAAAGAAACACAAAAUGUUAACAGCACCAUAAACAGCAUUUUCAUGGGAGGGGGGGCCUGUAAAGUUGAUCACAUGGUUUCUUCACAUCUCCCUGGUCUCUCCUGGAGCUUUUAAUCCUCGUUCUUCCAUGCUGCAAAGAAAAAAUUAAACC